AUAACUCGCACCAUCGCGAUGAAAUACCCCUUCUGUCACAUAAAGCGAUCUUGGUUGAUUGGAGCUAUAUCUGGAUAUGCUGGGUAUAUGAUGGUAAUUUACUUGAUUUACCUUCCUCAGAAGUGGCAUUACGCACAAUACAAUAAUCAUAUGUCUUCAUGCCUUUUUGUCAUCUUGAAUAUUUACUAUGUACCUGUAUUUGCUGCUUAUUUUGGGGCAAUUUCCCUCGUUUUAGAACUCACGUUGCCAUCAUUGGUGACUUUUGUCUGCUUUUGUAUCAGUGCCUUUGUUUUAAUGACUCGGCCAGCAGUUGGUAACAGCAACGAUACAAAAUUUCGUCAGGUAUCGGUCACAAUCGCCAUAUUCACGGCUGUUUUUCUGAUGUGUAAUAUACCAUGCUUCCUUUUUCUGAUGUGGGACCUUUUUGGCCCGGUCGGGUUUCUACCACUUGAUUAUGACGAUUUAUUGUCGGGUGAUCACACAUAUUUGAAGUACUAUUUCCAACUCAUGACGAUGCUCUUCCCGGUAUUUCUUAACGCUGCAAUCAACCCACUGCUUUACUUGCUGAGGAUGCGAGGCUACCAGAACUGGAUUCGCCAAGCAGUUAAAAACUUGACGGACUCUGUACACCUAACAACGCGGACAUCAACAGCAGAACAACAGAAUUAUGGACCCAUAAGUACAAAGAAUAUGACCGAUGAAGAAGCAGCUGUGAGAAUACAAUCACAAUACAAAGGGUUCAAAGUUAGAAAAGAGAUUCAAGAAAAGAAAGAGUCAAAAGCAGCUACAAGGAUACAGGCUAAUUUCCGAGGUCAUAAAACGAGAAAACAGUUAGCUGGACCAGAAGGGGAGGAGGAAGAGGCGUUUCCAAACGAUGGUACCGAUGACUGUCCAGGAUAUUCAGAAGAAGAAGCAGCAGCGAUUAAGAUCCAGGCUAACUUCCGGGGUCACAAGACAAGAAAGCAGUUAGCAGGUGAAAAGGGUACCCUGCUGUACUCUAGCAGGAAAGGAGGAGCAAUGAAUGGGUCGGAUACAAACUCUGACUUUACUAGUAGUCCAAUGAUUGCACAGUAGAUAAACAACUACACAACCUCGCCACAGUCCCCGCUGAGAUUGUCUACAGAAUUCCACCAUUUCCACGAAGAGAUGGAAGUUAAUUAUAUAACUUCUGAGUUAAGUUCAUCGUGGAGAUAAUAUCUCUCUCAAUUAAGGUGGACCAUUGUGUGCUAAAUGCUUCUAUCCAAUGUUUUUACUUUUAAUCUCAUUGUUGUGGAAGGUUUUAUUUCGGAUCUAGCUACCAUUUCAUUUAAUAAUUUAUAAUUUCACUGCUCAUUAGAGUUAUCAUAUUUUCGAUGGACACGUUUGUGUAAAUGAUGGUCUAUGACACAUUAUGUUUUACGAUGCAUCUUCCAAAUUUUGAUUUUUGCUGAGGAAUUUUAUGUAAAUGUGAAUGUCAACAUUACUUAUUUUGAAUGAUAAUUACAAUUCUGUAAUAUCAAUAAAAAAGUGAAAAA